UCGGGCAUUUCAUUUAUCCUCGCACUGUUCUCUCUUCAGACGCCAGACGCCAGACGCCAGACGCCAGACGCCCCCAAUCUCUCUUCCGCGAUUUCUCCAGCGGCGACGAGUGCUGCCGGCUGAAAGUGACAGCGGCGACGUUCCCUGUUCAAGCUCAACUCUUCGGCGGCAGGGGAAGAAUUGGCGGCGACAGUGAGGUUCCGUACAUCCUCUACUCCGGAAGUGUCGUUCCAGUUCCUUCCCAUCCAUCAGCAAGCUUCGAAGAGUUCCUGCUGGAGUAGGGCAUCUCCGAAGAAGCUUCUGCAUCUCAUCCGACCCUGCUGCGAGUUUUCCAGUGGCUGUUCUCGUUCCCGGAUUCAUCCGAUUGGGCUAGGCUAGAGUGGUUUGCAAGGGCCGAGCACGAUCGACUGAGAAAGAUCAGCCACCUUCAUUUCCAGUCAACUUCCAACGAAGGGGUUCUUCGUUGAAAGAUUCGUUCAUCGUCGUCGUUGAGCGAGCACUGCUGGUAUCUUAGCUGCUGUCCACCGGAUUUGGGGGUUCCGGAGCCGGGUCUCCGUGUGACGGCGAAGGUAGUCAAUUGGUGUAUGAUCGCAGAAGAGGGUUUGGUUGAGUAUUCUCAGUGGGAGAGGUAGAUAUUCGUGGAUGGUUGCGUUUCCUCGACAAGUGCAUGUUUCUCUUAUCACCCUCCAGCCAAACCCAAUCGCCCGCUUCCAUAGACAGGUCAUUUCUUCAAUGACUAGCCCAUGCUAUGCACAUGCUAAAUUUCUUCCAUCCAAAAGAAAUUAUGAAGGAUACAUUCCAACAACUUGCACUGCAUCCUCAUUGCUUUUAUCUCGGCAAUCUUCACCAGUGACCCAUAAAAUCUCCUUGGGCUUGGGAGUCUCAGCCCAGUUCACUUAUGAUGCACCCCAACGAUCAGAGGAAUGGUUCACUCUCCGGAGAGAGAAGCUAACUACAAGUGCCUUCAGCACGGCUUUGGGGUUCUGGAAGGGCAAACGUCGGUCGGAACUGUGGUAUCAGAAGGUUUUUGCAGAAGAAGUCGACACGAUGGAGGCAUCUGCUAAGGCUGCAAUGGAGUGGGGUGUGUUUAAUGAGCCUACUGCUAUAAAGCAGUACAAGAGUAUUACCGGAAGAGAUGUUAGCUCCUUAGGCUUUGCAGUUCAUACCGAGGCUACACUUGAUUGGCUUGGAGCAUCUCCUGAUGGACUUCUUGGUUUGUCCCCAGAUGGUGGGAUUUUGGAGGUGAAAUGCCCCUACAAUAAAGGCAUGCCCAAGUCUGCAUUGCCAUGGAAAAUCAUGCCACACUACUACAUGCCUCAAGUGCAGGGCCAGAUGGAGGUCAUGGAUCGCGAAUGGGUCGAUCUCUAUUGUUGGACACCCAACGGCAGCAGUCUAUUUCGUGUAUAUCGGGAUCGUGCAUAUUUUAAGCUGAUGCAUAAAAUCCUUUACGAGUUCUGGUGGGGCAACGUGAUGCCGGCGAGACAAGCAUUGCUUAUGGGAAGAGAAGUAGAUGCCAGACUUUACGAGCCUACGCCAAAGCAUCAGCUGACGAGUCUGGUGGUUAGUGAAAGCAAGAAACUGGCUGUCACGGCGAAGCUCUUGUGCACAGACAUUGGAGGUCGUGUGGAGUUCUUCAGAUGAUGUGCUCACUCUAGAAGCCCAAAAUUGCGUAUACUGAUCACAAAAUCUGUUCACAUCUCAUCUCUCGCACUGCCUUCUUAUCAUUAUAUUGCAAUGGCUGUGUUGAUGGUGUGCAAAAAGCAAGCAGUAAUAUCUCUCACAAAAGAAUAGUGAUUUCGGUAUUGUUAACUUGAUUCUUUAGCUCGUAAGCAUCGUAUUCAUUACAGCUUUCUCAAUUAUUUUUGUUUAAUUA